AUGCAGGCCGACGCCGCGGAGGAGCGCCCCGAGGCGGAGCCGAGAGGUCUCGAUCCAGCGAGCAUCCACAACGUAGACCAGCGCACGCCCGUCGUGACCUUUUCGCACGUCGCGCUGCUGGGGCGGCCGCUGAGGCUCACGCAGCACGGGGCCACCUCCCCAGGCUUCAACACGGGGACGUCCUCGGUUGUGUGGCCGACCGCCUUCCGGAUGGCGCGGCACCUCUGCGAGCACCCGGGCCUCGUCCGGGGCAAGAGCGUGGUGGAGGUCGGUGCCGGCAUCGGCCUCGUGGGCGGCGUGGCUGCUGCGCUGGGAGCUGCGUGCACCGUGCUCACCGACUGCGACUGCGCGAUGCCCGUCCUGGAGCAGAACCGGGCCAUGCUCCAGGAGUGCGGCGCGGCGGUGGAGGUGACUCGCGUCGACUGGGGCGACGAGGGCGACCACGCCACCGCGCUGUCCUUGUGCCCUGGAGGCGAGGGCUUCGAGGUGGUCCUCGCCAGCGACCUCGCCUUCGCGGCUGUGCACACCGACAGGCUGGCGGUGAGCUGUGGCCGAUUGCUGGCGUCCCUCCGCCC